AUGAAUAAGAACGGUGUGAUGUCUGUUCAAAAUGCUAUACAAACGUUCACAUCUAUCAUGUGUUCCUUAAAUGGCAUUGAUCAGCAAGCUUUUUUAUCAUUUAUUGCCGAUAAUUGGAAGCCUGAAGAAGUAAAAAUUCAAUCUCUUUCAAGGGGUAUAUAUGUCAUCAUAGGAGAUUGUCACAAGAAAUACAGUUCACAAGAAGAGCAAUUAAAGAGUAUAAAAAGAAUUAUUACUGAUAUCAGAGAGAGAGUACCAUUUGAUGGUAUACUUUCAUCAGAAAACAUUGUACCACCAACAAUUGGAGAGAAUUCAGACUGUGAUAAUAAAUCAACAAAGCAUGUUGAUGCAUUUCUUUAUGACAAUAAGGAAGUCAAUGAACUUAUAGAAAAUGGACAACUGGAUAAUUUAUAUUGUGUUGACUGUGGAUCUAACAAUGUAAAAGAAUACAACAUCAUAUCACAUUCUUUGUCAGUAUUUGAUAUGUUGCAUAUAUUUCAUGGUGUUUUACCGCCUUUACAAGGCAAAACUCUACUUGAUAUAGGGUCCAGAUUGGGCGCUGUUUUAUAUGGGGCACACAUAUUCACAUUUGCUAAAAAAAUUAUUGGAGUUGAAAUGAAUAAAGAACUUUGCACACUGCAAUCUGAUAUAAUAAAGAAAUACAAUAUGAAUGAUCGUAUUGAAGUUGUGAAUAAAAGAAUUGAAGAGUGUCCUGAUAUUAUACAAAAAAGUGAUAUCAUCAUUAUGAACAAUCCAUUUGAAUUCUAUGUCUCAGAAUCUACACAUAUAGAAAUCUGGAAAUUUUUAAAAGCCAAUAUACAAAGAGGAACAAUCCUGAUUAUCAGACCACCUAUUGAAACCACUUUUAAAAGCCUAAAAACUGGAAUAUCCAUAAAUGAAUGGGUAAAACCUUACAAGGCAGAAAAGACAGAAGGACUUGAAAUAUUUGAAGCAUCAAUUUUGGAUCCUACUGAACAUUCAAACAUUCAAUUUUAUGAAGCACUAUAA